UUCUCCAGUAACAAAUCGAAGAUACUGGAACGUCGUUUACGCUAUUUGCGAGAUUACUUGGAUUACAAGUUGUAUGUAGAUGUGUGUCGGGGUCUUUUUGACAGGCAUAGGAUAGUCUUCUCCUUAUUACUAUGUGCCAGGAUCUUAAUAGCUAGAAACGAGAUCAGGCUCAGUGAAUUCAUCUUCUUCCUAACUGGAGGGGUAAGCUUGGAGAAUCAUGUACCUAACCCUGCUCCAGAAUGGCUAUCAGUUCCAAGCUGGGAUGAACUCUGUCGCCUCUCUGAACUCAACCCUUUCAAUGGACUCAAAGAGCAUAUCAGAGACAAUAUCACCGAAUGGAAGAGGUUUUAUGAUUCUAAGUCACCGCAAACUACACCUCUUCCGGCUCCUUGGAAUACUCAGCUUGAUAACUUCCGUACUUUAAUGGUUCUAAAGUGUAUUCGUUCGGAUAAGGUAGUGCCAUCUGUGGUCGAUUAUGUUCGUGAUAAACUCGGCCAAAAAUUUGUGGAACCACCAGCAUUUGAUCUCUUAAAAAGUUAUGAAGAUUCGAAUAGUAUUGCUCCACUCAUAUUCAUUCUCUCCCCAGGAGCAGAUCCGACCAUGGCCCUGCUCAAAUUUGCUCAUGACAAGGGUUUCGGAGGUGCAAGGUUCCAAUCAAUAAGUUUGGGCCAGGGUCAAGGACCCAUCGCGGCAAAACUGAUCGAACGUGCUCAAGCGGAGGGAUCUCAGUUGGAUGCCAGAGAUGGGGAAGAUUUGUGA